CAUCAAUCGCCAGCGCCGCCAUCGCCCCCAAACUCCCCUGUUCGAGUGCUCCUCCCCGCCGGCGCCCGAGUUUCCGGCCCUAGGUAGUAGGAUCGCUUCGAUACAUCCUGACGAAGUGGAGUGGAGGGCAUCUUUCAUGUCUGGACAACAUUGGCUCUACUUUGGAUCAGUUAGAUUGCCGGGAGAGUGUUCUCGCACAUCGAAAAAGAGGGAUAAGCUUGUCUUCCCCGUUAUAGUUCCGAGAGAUCAGUUGCCACUGGUCAAAGUCGGCUCAAACUCUGCUCUUGCUUCUGAAUUUGGACACGGCUGAUAGGACAUAAGAAAGCUCGAGCCAAGAUGGCGCUGCAGAACAUUGGUGCUUCCAACAAGGAUGACGCCUUCUACAGGUACAAGAUGCCCAGAAUGUUAACCAAAAUAGAAGGCCGUGGUAAUGGCAUCAAGACAAACAUCGUCAACAUGGUUGACAUUGCAAAAGCGCUUGCCAGGCCUGCUUCCUACACAACGAAGUUCUUUGGCUGUGAGCUUGGGGCCCAGUCUAAAUUUGAUGACAAGACGGGGGUUUCCAUUGUCAAUGGUGCCCACGACACUGCAAAGCUGGCCGGUCUUCUGGAGACCUUCAUCAGUAAGUAUGUCCAGUGUUACAAGUGUCGCAAUCCUGAGACAGAGGUCGUCAUCUCCAAGAAACAGACGCUGUCUUUGAAAUGUGCCGCCUGUGGCUUCAUCUCGGAUGUUGACAUGAGGGACAAGCUCGCUACAUUCAUCCUGAAGCACCCGCCAGAACAGAAGAAGGGAGGCCAGGACAAGAAGGCUAUGCGAAGAGCUGAGAAGGAGCGGCUCAAGGAAGGUCAGGCUGCUGAUGAGGAGAUGAAGAAACUCAAGAAGAAGAUAGGUGCUUCAUCCAAGGACAGUAGUGCUGCAAAAGGUGUUGCUGCAAAGAAAAAUGCUACUGCUGGUGGUUCUGAUGAAGAACGUGCAACCUCGCCAACUUGCAGUCAAGAUGCUGACUUUGCAGCUGCUGCAGACGAUGACGAUGAUGAUGAUGAUGGUGUGGAGUGGCAGACUGACACGUCAGCAGAGGCUGCGAGAAAGCGCAUGGAGGAGCAGCUGAGUGCGGCAACUGCCGAGAUGGUCAUGCUUGCCACCGAAGAGGCAGAGAAGAAGAAGAAGAAACAGGCCAAAAUGACUCCAUAUGAUGAACUGGUCGAGGAGAUCAAGGCCAACUUGGGCAAUGCUGCCACUCCAGCCCAGAUCAAGGCUGUGCUGUCCUCCUCAACCUUACCCGCCAAGGACGUGAUGGGCGCUCUCUUUGAGGCGCUCUUCCAUGGUGUCGGCAAGGGCUUUGCAAAGGACGUCAAGAAGAACAAUGGCUACCUUGCCGCUGCCGUGCCUGAUGAAGGAGCCCAGAUGCUGCUGCUCCAGGCCAUGGAGGCGUUCUGCGGCAGGUGCAGCGCCGAGGCCCUGAAGGAGGUGCCGGUAGUCCUGAAAUACCUGUAUGAUGGCGACGUCCUCGAGGAAGAAGCCAUUGUCCAGUGGUACGAUGAAGCUGUUGCUGCCGGCAAGGACUCCCAGGUUGUGAAGAAUGCUAGGCCGUUCGUGGUGUGGCUCCAGGCCGCCGAACCGGACGAGGAGUGAGAGGCCGUGCUGCUUGGUCCCGUUUACACGCUCUCUUUCUACCCCUAUAUACUUGCUUUAGGUGGUGUCUUUUGAGUUUUUAUAGUGUUUGAAGUGCCCAUUUUUGGAUCAGUAUUUGAAAUGUCAGACGUAUGCGUUGGUGUUUAAACACCUGAUUCUGUCUUGAGCCGGUUAAAAUAUUUCUAAUAUAACAAAUCAA